UCUGACCAAUCAGCGUUCGGCGGUAAGUUUCAAAACACAAAUGGCGACGGAGAGAACUGAGGCGGUUCUGGAAAGGACUGACCCUUCCUUCCUGAAAUCAUGCAACACCACCGAAGUGCAGGAAACAGGAGAGGGAGAAAUUAUGGCUCCUUAUCUGAUGGACUGCAGGCGAAAACAGAAGCAUAUAUUCAGACAGCUGUGCGUGGUGGAUGACAUGAUCCAGCUGCUGGCAGGUCUAGAGUCAGCGGAUCAGCUGGUGAAUGAGCCAUGUCCCCAAAACCCAGGUAGUGAAGCUCGUUCUGCAUGGAAGGCAUUAAAAGCUGAAUAUCAAGAUAGAGUUCAGGAGGUGGAGGGACUGAUCAACACUCUCCGGGUUCGCAUGGAAGAGCUUCAGGGUAAACGGAAGACACUGGAGACUCUACUGUCCACUCUCCAGCUAAAGAAAGAGGAGUGCAAAGAGAAGGAGAGAAUCACAGCUAAACGAAAUCAGAGGGCUGAGAAACAAAUCAGCUUUCAGUUGGAAGAUUCCCUCCAGGCAGCCCAAAGCACUGUGAAUGUGUGUGAUUUGCGGCUUUCUAAGUUCAAGGAUGAGGUUGAAAAACAGCAUGCUCGAAUUAGUGACUGGACGAUAUUAAGAGAUGGGCUGCAGACCUGGGUCACAGUGACUCACAGAAACAUGCAGUUCAGGCUGCUGUCAGUCAGUUCCUCUGAGCUGUGCCUUGAGCUCUUGCCUCGUGCUGCCGAAAAAUCACUUGAACCCCUGCGUGUCUCAAUCACCAUGACAACCAGCGAUGAAUUCCAUCUCCAGGUGUUUCAGGGAACAGCUGGUCUUGGAGAGGAGGCGGUGAAUGGGCGUCUUAGGCAAGUGAGCGCCGCCCUUGUGGAGGUGAUGGAGCGGUACAUAAGUCAAGGAGAGAUGCUGUCUGAGAUUCAGGCUCUGCACUCCAGGUUUGCGAUAGAUUGGUGUCCUGCUGAAAAGCUUCUGAUCUUUCUCAAGACUGCGACCACUGUAUGUCAGCUGAGGGUUGAGGAGGGAUACCCAUCACAAGGCCGAGCUACUCUCCUGUCUGUGAGAAAAGACGGCAGUCUGCUUGAUAUCACCGAUCUACAGCCCCCGGUGCAACAUCCUGUUCUGACAGAGUGGCUUGAGUUUCUCUCCUCCAAUCCGAACAUCUGACAUCACAAAAUUUACUCCAGCCCUGAUCUUCUGGUUUGACUUCAUCGUGAAUGUCAAGGCCUGUGUCAGAGUCUAUUAUAUUACACAUAAUCCAUUUGCAUUGUACAGUUCUAGUUGUAUUGUUUAUACUACAUAUAAAUGAAUGUUUGUGUCUGCAUUGUGAGUCAUAAAGUAUUUUCAGACUUUA